UUUGUAUUUCAUCCUCAUCCACCUCUUAUCUUCUUUCUCACUCGCUCCCAAGUCUCAACACACGCACGUCGAUGGCAGUAUCUCGGAGCAUGUCGCCGGCAAUUUCCACUACACCUACCCCUUUUUACCACUCAUCUUCUUCUCUCUCAAUUUUUCCAAAAACCCAUCAUCCUUCACAUUUGUUUCGAACUAUAACCUUUUCAACCACUCCCAAUUUCCCCUGUAAUUCCAAAACUUCAACUUCAGUUUCAGGAAUCUGGGACGCCAUUACAGGAGGAGCCGGUUCAUCCCGUGAAUCCCUAAUCGCAAUUCGACGAGGAAUGGUUCUCUUUCGUCAGGGUGAUGUAGCGGGGUCUGUAGCAGAGUUCGAUAAUGCAAUUCAACUUGAUCCUCGUCAAAAGGCAUAUCUUUGGCAAAGAGGGCUCUCACUGUAUUACCUUGAUAGGUUUGAAGAAGGGGCAGAGCAAUUCCGAAUAGAUGUAGCACAAAAUCCAAACGACACUGAGGAGUCAAUUUGGUGUUUUCUUUGUGAAGCUCAACUAUAUGGAGCUACUGAAGCAAGAAAACGAUUUCUUGAGGUUGGAAGAGAUCCUAGACCUGUUAUGAGAGAAGCGUAUAACAUGUUCAAAGAUGGUGGUGACCCUCAAAAGCUUGUAGAUGUGUUUUCUAAAGGACGAGAGAGUGAGUAUUUUUAUGCUUCCCUAUACGCUGGCCUUUAUUAUGAAUCUCAGAAUGAAGCUGACAAGGCCAAAGUUCACUUGGUUGCUUCAUGUAAAUCACCUUAUGGGGAAAGGUUGGAUGAUUAUAUGGCAUCCUUGGCGAAAGUUCAUUGUCAGUGUCGAAAGUGGGAGUUGUAGUUGAAUUAUAUAUAUAGCAAGUUCAUUGUCAGUGUCGAAAGUGGGAGUUGUAGUUGAAUUAUAUAUAUAGCUCGAUCCACCUUUUGUAAAUUGAAUUUGACUCUUUGAGAAAUCCAUUUUAUAGAU